CUCCGCCAAAUUCAUCUCUGUAUAUAUGCUGCAACACAGUUUCUAAUCCGUGUAGUAUACCCCAUACUUCAGCAGAUAUCAUAAUUAAACUACUUCCCAGAUACUCAAUCGAAUCUUUAAAUGUAUGUGUUAAUAUCAAAUAGACGUGAGUACUUACAGGAUUCAUCUGUGGAAUUCGAUGGCCAUAAUACGCCUUCACUUUCAUCACAUCCUCCAUUUAUUCGAAUGCUAAGUAUUCUGAACUCACAGGAAACACUAGGUAUUGAUUUUGAUUUUGGAAAUUCUUCUUCACGAAUUUUUUUAAAGAAUUUUCUAAUAGCCUCCUUCAUUGUUAUACAUGCAGGAUAGUAUUCAAAUAUUUCAAAAGGUUCAUUCACUGUACAGUAAUCGUCUGCUAAAGUGUAAUUCUUUGGUAUAGGUAUCAAAGUCAGAGAAUGAGGAAUUAUCAAGGAUAUAAGAGUGAAUAGGAUGUAUUGAGUCAUGAAUACAAAAACUGUAAUAGAU